AUGCUAGUCCUCAAAGCAGCAUCACCCAUCCUCCGCAAUGCGUCCUUGCGGACCUCGCAGUCGAUGCGAGCACCAGCCCGACGCUUCUUCAACAGCGAAACAGCACCCAUCAUCUUUUCAGCCAACGCAAAAGUCACUGGGGCCCGAUCAGGCCACAUCGAGGGUGACGACCUGGUACUCGACCUAGCCCUGCCCAAAGUAUUCGGCGGAAAACACGCACCCGGAAAGACAAACCCGGAAGAGCUGUUCGCCGCGGGCUACGGCGCGUGCUUCCAGUCAGCAAUGAACGGGUCGGCGGCAAUGUUGAAAAUCAGAAUGCCAUCGAAGCCGGAGGAUAGCAUUGUGGAGACAACGGUGCAUUUGGUGGGGGAUCCUGCCAAGAUGGACAUGGGCAUUCGGGUAGAUAUGAAGGUCAAGGUCAAAGGAUUGGCCAGGGAUCAGGUUGAGAAGGUGGUGGCCAAGGCAAAGGAGGUGUGUCCUUAUUCGAGGGCGACAAAGGGAAAUGUGCUUACUACGGUUGAGAUUGUGGAUGCUUAA